CCUAGCCCCGAGAAGGGACAGCCAGCCGCUGGCUGCGAGCCCCGCGGCCACAGAACCUGAGCCCUGCUGCGGAGCUCCUGGCGGCCCGGCUCCGAGGCACUGCGGCGAAGCCGCGCGUCCCUGCCAGUCCGCAUCAUGAACACCAUCGUCUUCAACAAGCUCGGGGGAGCCGUGCUUUUUGAGGACCGAGGCACCCCAGAGCGGGAACGUGGCAGCCGGCCAUACGGUGGCGUCCUGGACAAUCCACACACACGCCCGGAGGUGGGCAUUCCAGAUGGCCCGCCCCUCAAGGACAACCUCGGCCUGAGACACAGAAGGACCGGGGUUCGGCAGAAUGGAGGGAAGGUGAGGCACAAGCGACAGGCCCUGCAAGACAUGGCGCGGCCUCUUAAGCAAUGGCUUUAUAAGCACAGGGACAACCCGUACCCCACGAAGACGGAGAAGAUAUUGUUGGCCCUCGGCUCGCAGAUGACGCUAGUGCAGGUAUCAAAUUGGUUUGCUAAUGCUAGACGUCGGCUGAAGAACACGGUUCGUCAGCCAGAUUUAAGCUGGGCCUUAAGAAUAAAGUUGUACAACAAGUACGUGCAGGGCAAUGCGGAGCGGCUCAGCGUGAGCAGUGACGACUCCUGCUCUGAAGAUGGAGAAAAUCCCCCAAGAAAUCAUAUGAACGAAGCAGGCUACAGCACCCCUGCCCAUCACACUGUGAUUAAAGGGGAGAGCUCAGUGAUAAAAGCUGGAGUGAGACCAGAGUCACGGGCGGCCGAGGACUAUGUGUCACCUCCCAAGUACAAGAGCAGCUUGUUGAACCGUUACCUUAACGACUCUUUGAGACAUGUCAUGGCCACAAGCACUGCCAUGAUGGGGAAAACAAGGCAAAGGAACCAUUCGGGAUCUUUUAGCUCCAAUGAAUUUGAGGAAGAGCUGGUGUCUCCGUCAUCAUCAGAAACUGAAGGCAACUUUGUUUACCGCACAGACACUCUGGACAUUGGAUCGAAUAAAGGUGACAGUGCAGCUAACAGAAGGGGCCCGAGCAAGGAUGACACGUACUGGAAAGAGAUCAAUGCAGCCAUGGCCUUAACAAACCUCGCCCAGGGAAAAGACGAAGUGCAGGGGACGACCAGCUGCAUCAUCCAGAAGUCUUCCCACAUAGCAGAAGUAAAGACAGUCAAGCUGCCUCUGGCACAGCGCUUUUAGUGUGGCCAGGAGGUGCUGAGCAUGUCAGUGUUUUGUUUUUAACCUAAAUCCUCAUCCUAAGAGCCAAAGCAGGGAUGAAGAGGACUCCCAUCCAAACCUCCUAAGUUCAGCUAUCCUAAAUAUAUCAGUUGCUUCUAUAAAAAGACACAUAAAUUAUAAAAAAAUCAUUUUAAUCAGAAAUAUUAACUUAUUUUAUGUUACAGAAACUAUGCAUAAAGCAUUUGCAUUACCAUUACAGUAAGUGCCUUGCUUCCCUGAGAUAAGCUCCAACGUGGGCGCAGUGGAGAGCUGUGCCUCAAAUAGCCAACGCCGACACUUGCUAGACAGCAUCAUUCCAAACUGGUGCAGGACCGAAGCCAGAAUCGAGAAUGCCCUUGAGAUAAAUCCAGUCAUUCACACGUUAAAACUUGGAAAUCUGUUCAGCCCAGAUGAAGUGCUUUUGUCCCCCGAGCCCCCUUUCCCGGUAAUGCCUAUAGGAGUGGAAAUUGUUCAUUGUGCUUUCCAGGGUGACGGUGAGAAUUUUAUGUGUGGGUUUUGUUUGCGUAUCUGAUAUGUUAGCAGCUGCCAAAAUAAAAGGUGCAGCCUGUACGCGAUGUAAA